AUUGGAAUUGUUGUUCAUUUCUUCACUCCCAACCUAAUCCAAACACUCUAGAAAUUAGUAGAAGAAACCCAUUUCUCUAUAGAAAAGAAAAAUGGCCGCCGCCGCACCGCCGCCGCCACCAACCCCAGCGGCCAUAACGCUGCCAGACCCAACCCCAACGGGGCAACCUGUCUUCGCCCGCGUGCGCCUGGGCAACGCAUCGGACGUCCCCCACAUCCACAAGCUGAUCCACCAGAUGGCCGUCUUCGAGCGCCUCAGCCACCACUUCUCCGCCACCGAGGCUUCCCUCUCCUCCACCCUCUUCACCUCCCCUCCCUUCCAGUCCUUCACGAUCUUCAUCCUCGAGGUCUCCCCGAACCCAUUCCCACCCACUAUCCCUCCUCACCCUCUCUUCUCACCCAUUACUCAAAUUGCCCCUCUCGACCUCCCCAUCAACGACCCAGAAAAGGAAGCGUUCAGAUCCCACAACAGCGGCGGCCUCGACGUUGUGAUUGCUGGGUUUGUUUUGUUUUUCCCCAACUUCUCGACGUUCUUGGGGAAACCGGGGUUCUACGUGGAGGACCUGUUUGUGAGGGAUUGCUACAGAAGGAAAGGGUUUGGGAAAAUGCUGCUCUCUGCCGUGGCGGCGCAGGCGGUGAAAAUGGGAUAUGGGAGGGUGGAGUGGGUGGUGCUGGACUGGAAUGUUAACGCUAUCAAGUUCUAUGAGGAAAUGGGUGCUAAGGUCUUGCAGGAGUGGAGGAUUUGCCGCCUCACUGGUGAAGCUCUCCAAGCCUAUGGAAGUGCUCAUAAUUAAUUAAUUAAUUUUUAUUUUUAUUUUUUAUGUCAAUUUCCUUAUGUUUUCUCCCAAGUAAUUUCACUGCUAUGCCUUGUUAAGUUCUUCAAAUCUACUGUUAGUGAAAGAACAUGUUGCCCUUUAAAGUUUCUAAUUCUGGGUGUGAUCUUAGCAUUUA